AUGCCAUCCUUAAGGAAAGCAAAGGAAUCUUCGUCCUCAUCACCAGAAUACUACGCGGUAUUUUUGGCAAAGUUCUCUAUCAGCCUAAAUGACCCUGACAUUCCCGGGCCACGUUAUCACCACGUCAUCUUCGUCGAGACUGAUCCGACCCAGGGAUCGGGGAUUAAAUUUCAUGUGAUCGGCGACAUCACUCGACACGAAGGCAUGACUUACGAAUCCAGACGGUACCACAACCCAAGCAAUUCUACAACCUGCGUCGCCAAGGAGCUGCUCGGAUAUACUGCCGCCGACGGUUUCCAGCGCCGAUGGGACCGGCUUUUGUCGGCCCUCCCCACGCCCCCAAAGCAAAAAGCAUACAACAUUGCCACCCACAAGACGGAGCUAGUCAAAUGCUGGGAACCUCUUCAGUUUUACGAGCCGGGUGAGGAGCGCCACAUUCCUUGGAAAUGCACCGAAUGGACCAACGACCACGCUCUACCCGCCCUGUGGAAUGCCGGGGAGAUUGUUGAGGAAAUACCGGCAGACCCGUCUUCGGAGGACUGGGUUUGGGACGAAGAAUAUCAGAGAUAUAGACACUGGAGCGCUGAGAAAAAUGAAUGGGUCUGGGCACCCGGAGAGUGA